UGGUGGGAGGCAGCCCCCGGCGGAGCCCGGCCGCACGCCAUGCCCUGGAGCGUCCGCUGGGUCGGCGGCUGCGGCGCCCAGUCCCAGAAGCAGUGCAAGAAAUCCUCCUUCGCCUUCUACCAGGCGGUGCGGGACCUGCUGCCCGUCUGGUUCCUGGAGGACAUGCGGACCAUGGAGGUGUUCCACUGGGAGGACGGGGGCAAGGUGAGCGUCUACUCGCCCUCGGAGGCGCUGCUCUACGCGCUGGUGCACGACCACCAGCCCUACGCCCGGCACCUGCUCACUAAGUUCCCCCAGAGCGCCCUGGCCGUGCCCAGCCAGAGCUUCAGCUGCUGCCAGUCGGCCCCGCACCUGGCCAUGGCCGUGCGCUACAACCGCGUCCGGGUGCUCUUCCGAAUCCUCAAGGCCAUCCAGACCUUGCCGCCGGCGGACAGAGCCGCCCACCUGGACCGGCAGGGCUGCAGCCGCGUGGAGGGCGGCAAGACAGCGCUGCACACGGCCUGCGAACUGGUGCGGCCCGAGUGCCUGCUGCUGCUGCUGGGGCACGGCGCGGCGCCCUGCCUGCGGGACAGCGCCGGGAACACCCCCCUGGACACCCUGCUGCAGCAGAUCUCCCACACGCCCGCCGCCAACAUGCGUGCCAAGCUCCUCUGCCUCGACUGCCUCUUCUUCUUCGUGCCUCAGGACCUCGAGUUUGCAAUGAAACAGCAACUGUUGGACAACCGGCGGCAGUGGCAGGAGCUCCUGGGAGAGAGCAGGUUCCAGUGCCUGGUGGGCUUAGCUCCCCCGUCGCUGUUUGUCGGAGCCAUGCGUGUCUUGAUCAGGACCAUUGCACCUGAGCACUUCCCAGAGGCUCUGGAUAAUCUGCCUCUGCCUCAUUUUCUAAAGCCUUUGGACUUGAAACUGGAGAGCUAGAGGGGUGGUACGAGAGCCUCCUGCUCACCUGACAGAAAUAGACUUGUGCUAAAAAUGUAUCAUUAUACAAAGCUGCUAAUGCAGUGGCCAAGUAUCUGUUUUACUGAGAACAGUAUUUUUUAAAAGAAUUGUAUCUGGCACUUUAAAAUAUAUUUUAUUUAAAGAUCCUUGUGGUGAGGUGAGGGCCAUGCUGCAUUUUAUAAAGAUGUUCUAUGGCAUGUACAAAUGAGGGUUUGGGGAAGGAUAUAUUUGUAAAUACAUCCGAAUAAACCGGUGGCAGAUGUGAUCAAAAUACAAAACAAGCAACUGAAAA